UUGAAAACCCUUUCAUUUCACCAAACACACAUUUCCAUAUUCUCAGCCGCUCGCUCACUCCCUCCGUGGUUUACAAUGAAGGCUGCUUUGAAGGGCAGGUACGACAUCGACAAAAACGGUGGCGCAGCCGCUACCCUCGCCGUCAACGCCGGCGACGUCAAGCUCAGAGCCUCCAUAACCGACGCCACUUUCAUCAACGGCCCCAGCUUAACCGGUUUGGUCCUCGCCGUAGAGAAACCUGGUUCCUUCAUAAUCGACUACAAUGUCCCCAAAAAGGACCUUCGGUUUCAGUUCAUGAACACUGUUAGGGUUGCUGAGAAGCCGUUGAAUUUGACUUACAUUCACAGCAAGGCUGAUAACAGGACCAUUUUGGACGGAACGUUGGUGUUCGACGCUGCCAACAAGGUUUCUGCGAAUUAUGCUCUUGAUUCGGGGAAUUGCAGGUUGAAGUAUAGGUAUGUGCACAAGGGUUUGACCACGUUUGAACCUUCCUAUGAUGUUGCUAAGAACACGUGGGACUUCGCGGUUUCGAGGAGGGUUUAUGGUGAUGACUCGUUUGGAGCAUCUUACAAGACAUCCAGCAAGGUGUUGGGGUUGGAGUGGUCGCGGAAUUCCAAACAAACUGGUUGCUUCAAGAUUGUGGCGUCCGUUAACUUGGCUGAGGAAGCAAAAAUUCCCAAACUUAGUGCUGAGACCACCUGGAAUUUUGAGAUGUAGAUUGCUGCUUCCUAUAUCUUUUCUCAAUUGCAGGACAGGUUUGCUAUCUUUAGUGGCUUUUGCUAUCACCAUUGGGGGGCAUAGUUUUCUUUUGAGAAUUGUAUACUUGAAAGUGAUUUAAUCAUGUUUUAAUGUGCUACUCUCUGGCGUUGAUCGUCCACUUACAACUUUCCGUUUGAUUCUUCAACAAUUCUGGUACUUCCCCCACAUUGCAAAAGCAUGUAAUUGCUUGCCUAUUGGGCAGUCACCUCUAUUCUCAUAAAGUUAUUCUAUUCUUUAUUUA